AUGAGGUCUUGGGGCGGUAUUGCUGAUGCCGCUGCGAGCAUGUCGCCUCUGGCCAGCGCUGCCCUGUGCACUCGCUCGCCACUCGCGUGCUUGCGUGCGUCAUGUGCUGCACUAGCAACGCCUUGCCGCUGUUGUGUGUCAUCCACAGGAGUCGCGCGUGCGCCGCCUAGCCCAUCCCACGACUUUCUCCGGUUGCGCGGCUCUCAUAGCAAGCGCCCCCCCUCCGAUUCUUUGCCACCAUCAGCUUCGCAAUACAAGAAGAGAGUUCAGCAGCACAAGCGACGAGGUCAAGCGCCUGUUCACGGCAACACGAGGUCUUGCCGAGGGCAGAAGAGCGAGACACUGCGGCUGCAGACGCCACAUGACUGCAGCCGCGAUGAUGCUUCCCCGUCAAAGCCGGAGGUGGCGUCAGUAAACGACCACGAAGACGGCGCCUCUGUCGAUGGCGACGGCACAGGUGCGUCCUCUGCGCAUGGCGCUGCUGCUCCGUCUGCGAGGGGUCAUGGCGCGACAGCAGGGUGGGGGCUGGAGGACGUGAAUUCUCGGACAGGAAGGACGCAGCUAGAGGAGCUGUACGAGCGUAACCUUGAUCGCAUCCGGGUCAUCCUCGAGCAGCCGCUGCCCGUCAUGCCACAGGACGGCAGCAUCGAUCCAGAUCUUUUCGUGGGCUUUGCAUUCUACAGCUAUCAGCUGAGAGACCAGUACCGCGCCGUCCUUGCACGCGAGCUGCAGGUGCCAGUGAAGGCGGUGCGGCUGUCCGUUGCGUGGAGUGGCCGCUUCGACGUGCGGCGCUUUGGGCGGGUGCAGAAGGUGUGCGGCGUGUGCCUUGAUCGGCAGGCACUGUUGGCGGCGACGCACGGAGAGACAGAGAAGAGCCCAGGCUCAGGGCUACGCCGCAAGGAGGGCGACUUAGCUGCCCAGACGCCCAUCGUCGAGGUAGACGAUGCAGCAUCGCCGUUAUCUGAGACACUCCAGCACCGAAUCCAUGCGCUUGUGGCUACCAUCAACGGGCGCAAGCGCGAGGAUCUUCUGCGGGUGUCGUUCUUCCAAGCCUCGCUCCCGAUUCCGGAGGUGGAGUUCGCGCUUACCCGACGGGAGCACCGACUCCUGCACCGUCUGCACGAGUGGAUACGGCGCCACGUUUUGCAGCGUGCAGUGGUGGUCGUCGUGUACGGCGUUCCACCGCCGCCUCCACCAACUACCGCCACUGGUACGCGGUCGGCUUCAGCUACUGCUGGUUCUUGGUCCGACUCCUCCGAGCGAAAAGGAGGUACUUGCGACACUGCUGGCGCCACACGUGGCGACGCACCGCAGCGCGAUCGGUACGCGCUGUGGCAGCGCCUGUGCAGCGCGCGUACGACCGCGCAAAAACGGGAGGUGCAGGAGAAGUGGCUGCGACUGUUUCAUCGGCGCAAGUUGGUGCCAUCGAUGAUAUCGCUGACGGAGUUGGCUACCGAGGUUGCUGUGGCGGUGGUGCGCGGCGAGGUGCUUCCCAUCGACUUCGGGCACGCAACGAGAGAAAUGGCUGGGGCGAAGCAGACCAGUGGGGAAGCGGAGAAGGGUGGUGGGGAGCACAGGGCCUCGCCAGACACGCCCUUGAUGGGUGUGGCACCCACCCCGGCGGUACUGAGUGCGAGUCUGCAGGACGUGGUGGUACGCAUCGCAGCAGCAUCGUCGUCGUCGGCUCCACCGCCCACGCCGGGCGAUUAUGGGGCACUGGCGGAGGACAGCGAUGGGUGCACUGUGGUUUGUCGUCAUACCCAAGACGUAAUUGCGCCACCACGCGAUGCUGACACCGCUACUGCAGCGGCAGACGUCGGUCCGCGCUUCCGACCUGCCUCCACUGCUCAGGAAGAGGCGACGAUGCGAUGGGUGCAGCUUGUCUAUCAGGCACUUUUCCUGCGAGAGGCGCAGGGCAGCACUGACGGCAGCAGCUACACGGAUGCCGAGCAGCCAGCCAUGCGCGUCUCUCACCAAGUGUCUCUGCCUGCGCUCUUCGCUCAAGGCGCCUAUGCUGGUGGUCAAGAGGAAGUCGCCUACCUGCAGCGCAACCGCGUGGCAAUGGACGCGUUGCUGCUGCAUCCACACGAAAUUUCUUUCAAGAAGAAGUUUGUCAGUCGCAUGCGCAAUGGCCACCGCCGGCUGCGCAUGGAGGAGGAGAGCGCCCCACCCUACUCUGCGAGCGGGUGA